UAAUAAAAUUUGAAGGACAAUUCGAUAUUUCCAAACUUCUCACGCGGAACCCCCAAAACCCUCGCCGCUCGCUCCGCCUUCCCCGUCCCGUUUCGAGAUCUAAACUGUAGUCCACUCGCUUUGACCGCCAUGAUCGUCGCCGCCGCCCGUAGGUCGCUCAUGCGCUCGUCUUCCCUGCGGAGCGCCGCCGCAGCUAGAAUCGGAGCCUCGCGCGCUUCUCUACGCUCGCCUCCGAUGUUGAGGCCUGCCGCCACUCCCUCCCGUAUCUUAAGGUCUCCAGUUGAGACGAUCUUCUGUGUGGAGUCCCUGCUGCCGAUGCACAGUGCCACGGCGUCGGCACUGAUGACAUCAAUGCUCGCCGUUUCGCGCAGGGGUUAUGGGUGGCUUUCUGAAGAUGGAUGAGUGGUAGAUUUUCGAGGACACUGCACUGAUCAUGGAGCCACAGAUUUCUUGAUAAUGAAAAGUUUUCUGGAAGCAAUUUACUGUAGGUAUAGCUGCUGGAGACCAGUGGAUGGUACAAAUAAAACCAUGCUUGUUGAGACUAUUGGUUUCUGUUGCCCAUUUCUUUCUUAUUUCUCGAAACAGAAAUGUAGAUUGUUUUCUUAAACAGUUGAGACAUCACCGGCAUGGAUUAGCUGGCUGUCUGCGUUAAGCUUAUGAUGGGCUACUACUGUACUGUCUCGAGCAAAGUGAGAAAUGCACACCUGUUUCAUGGUUGAAGCAAAAGUAGUAAGAGGCCCAACUGCUCUUUUGCU